AUGAUACAGAUUGCCUCACCGGGUUCGGCAACACCUCGCCCGCGCUUCCUCAAUCGCAGCUACGAAGCUCUGGACAGAGCGCCAAGAGCUCGCUCAGGAUUGUCGGCUUCUGAGUCAAUUAGACACCUUGACAGACCUAUUCUGCGACGCAGGAGCUCAUCGGGAAGCUCCACGAGACUGCCGGUGAGAUCCAGGAGUUCCCUGCAGAGAGGUGUGGUGCGCGUGAUGAGCCAGAGUGGAAUGGGAUCUCCAUCGAGAAUUCCAAGACCCAGAACAUCCAUUGGGAGUAGCAUAGAUGGUCUGGACAGCCGGCGGGAGUCCUCAGUGUCGCCCCAGAGAAGGAAGUCUUCCAUUAGGCGAUCUGGAAGGCGUCAGAGCGCAUCUAGCCUCUUGCCGGCUGUAACACUGCUGGAUGCCGAAUCCAUACCCAGAGAGAGAAGCUCGAGAUCCCCAAGACGUCCAGGAGUUCUGAAAGUUACUCCCUUGUCGCCAAUUAUCGGCACACCCAAUAAAGAGCCCGAGACACAGGAGGAUUCCAAGGUCAUGUCACCUUCGAGGAUUCCAGUGCGCUCCAACAGCAUUUCCCGGCCCAUGGCGCGCUCCAACACGACUCUGGGUGUCUCAACGGCCAGUCACAAGACUCAGGGAUCCCCUCUGGCGGCCUCCAGGGACGCCAGUCCGGGGAAAACACCAGCGAAAGCCACAUCGCCCAAGAAGGCACAGAAGCCCCCAGUCAAGUGCCACGAGCCCAAGAAGCCAGUGACGAAGAAGCCACCAGUGGACAAGAAGGCUGUGACAAAAACCACCAGGAAGAUCGAGACGGUGAGCAAGGUGAGGAAACCCGAAGUGAAGCCCGUGAGUAAGACGCCCAGCUUCCGGAAAGACAUUGCAAAUGGGACAGUGAAAAAGGAGCCAGCCAGUACCCGCAAGGAACCGUCAAUUGCUAAGAAGGAACCUUCCAGCGUGCGCCAGGAAACUUCAUCGGCGUCCAAGGACUCCAAGGGCAGGGUCAGUAGGGAGAAUUCAGCUUUGUCCAGGACAAGAGUGCCCCCAAAGCUUGAGAAAAAGCAGAGUUUUCGCGCCGAGAAGGCGCCAGCCAAAGUUAUGGAGCAGGAAAGUGUGGAGAUUUGA